GCGGGAGGGAGGAGAGGGAGCCAGUGGUGGCCCGGCUCGCGCCUACUCGGGCCCAGCGGCGGGCGGACAGCAUGCCGAGCCUCCUCAUCUGGAUCCUCACUCUCUCCGACACUUUCUCUCAAGGGCUUUAGGAUGCCUCUGGAGAGCUAUAGCACAUGUCUAAUGAACUGCCAAUCAAGCCUGCUCCCCAAGAAGCCCAGGUUUCUGAAUCAGAAGAUGUGGGCUCCACGCUUAGCCAUUGCUUAUCUUAUCUCUGUGACUUUGGUUUUGGCUUUACCUGGGACCCAGACUCGCUUCAGUCAGGAGCCAGCUGAUCAGACUGUGGUGGCUGGACAGCGGGCUGUGCUGCCGUGUGUGCUCCUCAACUACUCUGGGAUUGUACAAUGGACCAAGGACGGGCUGGCUCUUGGCAUGGGCCAGGGUCUCAAAGCCUGGCCACGGUACCGGGUCGUGGGCUCUGCGGACGCUGGUCAAUACAACUUGGAGAUCACAGAUGCCGAACUCUCUGACGAUGCUUCCUAUGAGUGCCAGGCCACAGAGGCUGCACUGCGCUCCCGGCGGGCCAAACUCACCGUGCUCAUUCCCCCAGAGGACACAAGGAUUGAUGGCGGCCCUGUGAUUCUGCUGCAAGCAGGCACCCCCCACAACCUCACAUGCCGAGCCUUUAAUGCCAAGCCUGCUGCCAACAUCAUUUGGUUCCGUGAUGGGACACAACAGGAGGGGGCUGUGGCUACCACGGAACUACUGAAGGAUGGGAAAAGGGAGACCACAAUCAGCCAGCUGCUCAUUCACCCCACAGACCUGGACAUCGGUCGCGUGUUCACCUGCCGCAGCAUGAAUGAGGCCAUCCCCAAUGGCAAGGAGACAUCCAUUGAGCUCGAUGUACACCAUCCUCCUACAGUGACUCUGUCCAUUGAACCCCAGACAGUGCAGGAAGGCGAGCGAGUCAUCUUUACAUGCCAGGCCACAGCCAACCCUGAGAUCCUGGGCUACAGGUGGGCCAAAGGGGGGUUCUUGAUUGAAGAUGCCCAUGAGAGUCGUUAUGAGACAAAUGUUGAUUAUUCCUUCUUCACGGAGCCUGUGUCUUGUGAGGUCCACAACAGAGUGGGGAGCACCAACGUCAGCACUUUGGUGAAUGUUCACUUUGCCCCCCGGAUUGUAGUUGACCCAAAGCCCACAACCACAGACAUUGGCUCUGAUGUGACCCUCACCUGUGUCUGGGUUGGGAACCCCCCACUCACCCUCACCUGGACCAAGAAGGACUCAAACAUGGUCCUGAGUAACAGCAAUCAGCUGUUGCUGAAGUCAGUGACCCAGGCAGAUGCUGGCACCUAUACCUGUCGGGCCAUUGUGCCUCGAAUCGGAGUGGCUGAGCGAGAGGUACCACUUUACGUAAAUGGACCCCCUAUUAUCUCCAGCGAGGCAGUGCAGUUUGCUGUGAGAGGUGACGGUGGCAAGGUGGAGUGCUUCAUUGGGAGUACCCCACCUCCGGAUCGAAUUGCUUGGGCAUGGAAGGAGAACUUCCUAGAGGUGGGGACCCUGGAGCGCUACACUGUGGAGAGGACUAACUCAGGAAGUGGUGUGCUGUCCACGCUCACCAUCAACAAUGUCAUGGAGGCUGACUUCCAGACCCACUACAACUGUACUGCUUGGAACAGCUUUGGACCAGGCACUGCCAUCAUCCAGCUGGAAGAAAGAGAGGUGUUACCUGUGGGCAUCAUUGCUGGGACCACCAUUGGUGUGGGCAUCCUGGUCAUCUUCUUCUUUGUCGCCUUACUGUUCUUCCUCUACCGACGUCGCAAAGGCAGUCGAAAGGAUGUGACCUUGAGGAAGCUAGACAUCAAGGUAGAGACGGUGAAUCGGGAGCCACUCACAAUGCAUUCUGACCGGGAAGACGAUGCUGCCAGCAUUUCCACAGCAACUCGGGUCAUGAAGGCCAUCUACUCGUCCUUUAAGGAUGAUGUGGAUCUGAAGCAGGACCUGCGCUGUGACACCAUUGAUACACGGGAAGAAUAUGAGAUGAAGGAUCCUACCAAUGGUUAUUACAAUGUGCGUGCCCACGAAGAUCGCCCGUCCUCCAGGGCGGUGCUGUAUGCGGACUACCGUGCCCCUGGCCCUACACGUUUUGAUGGCCGCCCGUCAUCUCGCCUCUCCCACUCCAGUGGCUAUGCCCAACUCAAUACGUAUAGCCGGGCCCCUGCCUCUGACUAUGGCACAGAGCCCUCACCCUCUGGCCCUUCCGCUCCAGGUGGCACGGAUACAACCAGCCAGCUGUCCUACGAGAACUAUGAGAAAUUCAACUCCCAUCCUUUCCCCGGGGCAGCCGGGUAUCCUACCUACCGUCUAGGCUACCCCCAGGCCCCACCCUCUGGCCUGGAGAGGACCCCCUAUGAAGCAUAUGACCCUAUUGGCAAGUAUGCCACAGCCACUCGAUUCUCCUACAGCUCUCAGCACUCAGACUAUGGCCAGCGAUUUCAGCAGCGCAUGCAAACGCAUGUGUAGAGGCUGGAGUCUGGCUGGGGUAUCUCUGCGGGGCAGAGGAGAAGGCUUCCCAGUUCUUCCCUGACAUUCAGGGACAUUGCUCAUUGCUCCUUUCUUGGACCUAGCCUUCCUCCUCCUGCUGUCACAAGUAAGGAGCAGGUCUCCCAGGAACACCCCAUUCUAAGGACGGGGCUCUGGGCAUGCCCCAGUCUCCCAGGCCUGCUGAGCUCUUUUUCAGGAGGAUGUCUCUACUGACCUUGAUUCAUACCUGACCCAAGCAUGGGCACGGGGAAGU